UCGUCACCAUAUAAUAGAGAUACUUUUAUCAGCUCAUUUAUUCAGUAACUUGUCAGCUUUUGUGCUGAUUUAUAUUUAUACGACAACCAAAAAUGAAAAUAUUAGCUAUUGUAUUCGCUGUUUGCUUUGUUGGUGCUCUAGCCGAUCUAACUCUAAACGAAUUAGCUAACCUCUACUCAAACAGAACACAUUGUAUAACUGAAACUGGCGUUGAUGAGGCCAACGUCGAUGCAGCUAAGGAUCACAACGACUGGAAAAUGGAUGACCUUAAACUUCGGUGUUAUUUCUUUUGCAUGCAGAAGAAAAUCAAAAUCAUGAAUGAAGAUGGAACAUUGAACGAGGAAAUAACUCGCCAGAUGCUGGCCAAAGAUUUUCCAGAAGACAAAAUUGACGGCGUUAUGAUGAAAUGCAAAGACAUGAAGGGCGCUGAUAUGUGUGAGACCGCCAUGAUGAUGACCAAGUGUCACGUUGAUGAAAGAGCCUUACUACGAUCAACUGAAAAGAGCCCUUGAUUAAUUCCUUUUUUCUUUACGUGACUACACGAUUCUGUCAAUUAGUAACGUCCACUGUAUGCCUUUAUUCAUUUAAUGAAACAUUAGUUUAUAAUAAAUGAGUAGAUAUUUUUGCUUUGAAUUUGAUUUGUUUAUUUAAUUGUUUCUUAAUUCGGUAAAAAAAUUUAUUCGAAAAUUUAUUAACUCUGAUUAAAGUAGGUGAGAAGUGGAGGAAAGGAAUGGCAGAAUUUUAUUUUAAAUAUUAUAAAAGGGUAAAGUGGACAUGGGUCAAUUUAGUCUAUCCAAAAUAUUCAUUGAAAAUCUAUUAAUUCUGACUUUAAAUAUAAUUUUAAGUUAAAUAAAUUACGUCAUAGUUAUAUUUUUUUGCGAUAGA